UGUCAUCUAGUUGAGUUCUCACUGCCAGGGAGUUAACACUAAACCUGACCAUUAGCCCUCUCUAGCACCAGGAAGCUUGUGAUCUAUUCUCUACACUGGUAUUUGCCACCAGCAUCUUUAGCAACCAUGAUCAUCACCAUCUCUUUGAUUUGGGCUGUGGUGAUCAGCCUUUGCUGCUGUCUGUGGCUUGCUCUGGGGAUCCGCAAGAGAAAACCAGGUGAGCCUCCAGUGGAAAACGGUUUGAUCCCAUACCUCGGCUGUGCGGUCCAGUUUGGAGCCAACCCCCUGGAGUUUCUCCGGAGCCGACAGAAUAAAUAUGGGCACAUAUUCACUUGCAAGAUCGCUGGCAAGUACUUUCACUUCCUGUGCGACCCUUUCUCCUACCAUGCCGUCAUCCGCCAAGGAAGGCAUCUGGACUGGAAGAAGUUUCACUUCUCUACCUCGGUCAAUGCUUUCGGCCAUGACAGCAUGGAUCCCAGACACGGUUACACCACAGAGAACCUCCACCAGACCUUCAUGAAGACCCUGCAGGGUGAAGCCCUCCCUUCACUCAUCGAGACCAUGAUGGAGAAUCUGCAGUCGGUCAUGUUGCAGUCAGACACCCUCAGCCCCAGUAAGGAUCGCUGGGACGUGGACGGCAUUUUUGCCUUCUGCUACAAGGUCAUGUUCGAGUCGGGCUACCUAACGCUCUUCGGCAAGGAUCUGGGCAACGACAAGAAUGCUGCGCGCCAGGAGGUCCAGAAGGCUUUGGUCCUCAAUGCCCUGGAGAACUUCAAGGAGUUCGACAAGAUCUUCCCGGCGCUGGUGGCUGGGUUACCCAUCCACGUGUUCAAGAGUGCCCACUCUGCCAGGGAGAACCUGGCUAAGACCAUGCUGGCUGAGAACUUGAGCAAACGUGAGAACGUAUCGGACUUAAUCUCGCUGCGCAUGCUGCUGAAUGACACCCUGUCGACCUUCAAUGACCUGAGCAAGGCCCGCACCCACGUGGCUCUGCUCUGGGCCUCACAGGCCAACACGCUCCCCGCUACCUUCUGGAGCCUGCUCUACAUGAUCAGGAGUCCAGAGGCUAUGAAAGCAGCCAAAGAGGAGGUGAAGAAGAUUCUGGAAAGUUCAGGUCAGCGUGUCGACCCUAGCAAACCACAACUCACUCUCUCCCGGGAGGACCUGGACAACAUGCCUGUAAUAGACAGCAUCAUCAAGGAGGCCAUGCGUCUGUCGAGCGCAUCAAUGAACAUCCGAGUGGCCAAAGAGGACUUCCUGCUUCACCUUGACAACCAGGAGUCGUACCACAUCCGCAAAGAUGACGUCAUCGCCCUCUACCCACAGAUGCUCCACUUUGACCCCAAAAUUUAUGAGGAUCCAUUGACCUACAAAUACGACAGAUAUCUGGAUGAAAAUGGCCAGGAGAAGACAACGUUCUACAGGGAGGGACGCAAGCUGCGGUACUACUACAUGCCUUUCGGCUCGGGGGUGACCAAGUGCCCCGGGCGCUUCUUUGCCGUGCAUGAGAUAAAGCAGUUCCUGGCGCUGGUUCUGUCCUACUUCGACAUGGAGCUCCUAGACUCAGCCGUUAAAGUGCCUCCUCUCGACCAAUCACGUGCAGGCCUGGGGAUCCUGCAGCCCACCUAUGACGUUAACUUUAGAUACAAACUGAAAUCUCAGUGAGAUAGACUCCACUGAUCUACUUUCUCAAUAAUGUAAAUUGUAUAUAUUGUAUAUUUAACAAUUGAAGCCACAAUGAUG